CUCACCCCUAAACUGAACGAGGUGUGAUCCCUGACCGCCUCCCGCAACCCGAGCCUACCCCCGCCGCCGCCGUUGUCCCUGAGGUCAGCUUGCCGCCGCCGCCGCUGCUUGCUUUCUUCCCAGAUCUAUCAUCAUUUCCAUGGAUGGGAAGACCCUCCACCCUAUUCAAUCUACAUCUUCUUCCUCCUCCCCUAAACAUCUUCUGAUUCCCGACCCCUCCGUCGCCUCCUCCUCCUCCUCCUCUGCCCUACCUAUCGCCACCCUCACCGCUGCCUCCGCAGUCUCAAUUCGACCCAGAAAGAACAGAAAGGUUUCCUCCUCCUCGGACGCUUCCAAGAGGGUCGCCUCUGCCGCCGGCGGCCUCGCCGUCCGCGUGAUCCCCCGCCCUCUUUCCUCUGAUGGGGAGAUUGUCGCUGCACUUCGCUACCUCCGCGCCGCUGACCCAUAUCUCGCCCGCGUGAUCGACGCACACGAGCUUCCCACUUUCCAGUGUCUCCACCCACCUUUCCACGCCCUCGCCCGCAGCAUCCUCUACCAGCAACUGGCCAUGAAGGCCGGCGCUGCCGUCUAUGCCCGAUUCAUCUCUCUUUGUGGUGGCGAGUCCGGCGUUGUUCCUGAGGUUGUCCUCGACCUUACCCCUCAUCAACUCCGCCAGAUCGGUGUCUCUGGCCGCAAGGCUUCCUACCUCCACGACCUAGCCCGGAAGUACCACAGCGGCAUACUCUCUGAUGCCGCCAUCGUUGCUAUGGACGACAAGUCGCUCUCCACUAUGCUCACCAUGGUCAAAGGCAUUGGUGCAUGGUCCGUUCAUAUGUUCAUGAUCUUCUCGCUCCACCGACCUGAUGUACUCCCCGUCGGCGACCUUGGUGUUCGCAAGGGGGUGCAAUUGUUGUAUGGUCUCGAGGAGGUCCCACGGCCUUCACAGAUGGAGCAGCUUUGUGAACGGUGGAGACCGUAUCGUUCUGUUGGGUCUUGGUACAUGUGGAGGCUUGGGGAGGUCAAGGGUGCACCCCCUUUGGCUUCAUCAAACGCUGAAGAUGGUGCCCUUGAUUUCACUUCCGUGGGAGGAGGAACAAUAUCGCAGCCACAGUUAAUUGAUCCAAUUCAGAUACUUCCUAGUCUUGGAUGAAAGCCAUACGCUUCCAACUGGUAAUGUUUCAGAUUUUCGCCUAAAGCUAGCUUAUUAGAAAAAGAGCUAGCUUACUACGUUCCUAGUUUCUACAUCUAAUGAGCUGUUGUCAGUGCCAAAACGCAUUCCUUUUUGGUUCUGUAAUUUAUGUCGUACACAUGUUAUGUUUGCUCAUUGACUCAACAUGCUGCACCACCUUGUUCUUGGAGUUCUUAUAGGUUGACCUUUCAUGCCAAUGCUAUGUUACUGCCAGUCUCUGUACUCAUAGGUCAACACUUCAAUUGUAAUUAAUUGAUUAUCAUGGAUAUAAUCAUUCAUGUUCAUCUA